AUGGUUGUAGCGAGACGACACGGACAGAGCCUGGGCGGCGAAGAGAGAGUGCAAACAUCGAUCACCCAAACAGGCCCCAGCCGGCAAACGCCGAACACUUCUUGCACAAUGACCACAGUUCAGAAGAUAAAGGAAAUCGAAGAUGAGAUGGCCAAAACCCAAAAGAACAAGGCCACAAGCUACCAUCUUGGUCAGCUCAAGGCUAAGCUCGCAAAGCUACGGCGCGAACUUAUCAGCCCCUCUACCGGCAGCGGGGGAGGAGGAGGAGGUAUUGGUUUCGAUGUCGCACGAACUGGCGUAGCAUCCGUUGGAUUUGUGGGCUUUCCCUCAGUUGGAAAGUCCACCCUCAUGUCCAAACUAACGGGCACACAUUCUGAAGUUUCGGCGAUCGACUUCACCACACUAACCACAGUACCCGGUACAGUCAAAGUUCACGGUGCACCUAUCCAAAUUCUGGAUCUUCCUGGUAUCAUCGAAGGUGCAAACGACGGCAGAGGUCGUGGUCGACAAGUUAUUGCCGUCGCCCGAACCUGCAACCUCAUCUUCAUCGUGCUUGAUGUUCUAAAACCCUUGGGAGAUAAGAAGAUUAUCGAAUCUGAAUUAGAGGGCUUCGGAAUACGUUUGAACAAACGACCACCUAAUAUCACCGUUCGGAGAAAGGAAAAGGGUGGAAUCGCCAUUACGAACACAGUCCCACUAACCAACAUCGACCAAGAUGAAAUCAAGGCCAUCUUGAGCGAAUACAAGAUUAGCAACGCCGACGUCGCCAUUCGAGAAGCAAACGCAACCGCUGAUGAUCUUGUCGAUGUGAUAGAAGGAAACCGCGUGUAUAUUCCAGCAAUCUACGUGCUGAACAAGAUAGACGCGAUUUCCAUCGAAGAACUGGAUCUUCUGUACAAGAUCCCUAUGUCGGUUCCAAUCUCAUCCAAAGAAUGGCUAAACAUCGAUGAGCUCAUUGAUAAAAUGUGGUCGACGCUUAAUCUUGUCCGCGUCUACACGAAACCGCGUGGUCUGGCUCCAGACUACAGUACGCCUGUCGUGCUUCGGAAUGGCAAGUGCACGGUAGAAGACUUUUGCAACGCUAUCCACAAGGAAAUUGCCAAACAGAUGAAAUAUGCGAUUGUUUGGGGUUCUAGUGCAAAGCAUGCGCGCGGACAGAAGGUCGGGCUGGAACACGUUUUGGAAGAUGAAGACGUCGUCCAUAUUUCCAAAAAGUAA